AUGAAUGAGAUGUCCAGCUUCUUGCACAUCGGGGACAUCGUUUCCCUGUACGCCGAAGGGUCGGUCAAUGGCUUCAUCAGCACGCUGGGGCUGGUGGAUGAUCGGUGCGUGGUGGAGCCGGCAGCUGGUGAUCUGGAUAAUCCACCCAAGAAGUUCCGGGACUGUCUCUUCAAAGUAUGUCCCAUGAACCGCUACUCCGCCCAGAAGCAGUACUGGAAGGCGAAGCAAACCAAGCAGGACAAGGACAAGAUUGCUGACGUGGUGCUGCUGCAGAAACUCCAGCAUGCGGCGCAGAUGGAGCAGAAGCAGAACGAUACGGAGAAUAAGAAGGUGCACGGGGACGUGGUGAAGUACGGCAGCGUCAUCCAGCUUCUCCACAUGAAGAGUAACAAGUACCUGACGGUGAACAAACGUCUCCCCGCCCUGCUGGAGAAGAACGCCAUGAGGGUGACGCUGGAUGCCACGGGCAACGAGGGCUCCUGGCUCUUUAUCCAGCCCUUUUGGAAACUGAGGAGCAAUGGAGAUAAUGUAGUCGUGGGAGACAAAGUGAUCCUGAACCCUGUGAACGCUGGGCAGCCACUGCAUGCCAGCAACUAUGAGCUCGCCGACAACGCCGGCUGCAAAGAGGUGAACUCGGUCAAUUGCAACACCAGCUGGAAAAUCAACCUGUUCAUGCAGUUCCGGGACCACAUGGAGGAAGUUCUGAAAGGGGGGGAUGUGGUGAGGCUGUUCCAUGCCGAGCAGGAGAAGUUUCUCACCUGCGACGAGUACAAGGCCAAAAUCCACGUCUUCCUCCGCACCACCCUGAGGCAGUCUGCCACGUCCGCCACCAGCUCCAAUGCCCUAUGGGAAGUCGAGGUGGUCCAUCACGAUCCCUGCCGAGGUGGAGCCGGGCACUGGAAUGGCCUGUACCGCUUCAAGCAUCUCGCCACUGGGAACUACCUGGCCGCGGAGGAAAACCCAAGUUACAAAGGAGAUGCCGCCGAUCCCAAGUCUGCACCCACGGGUGGGACCAUUCGCUCCAGCCGGAGGAAAACAGGGGAGAAGAUCAAAUACCGGCUGGUGGCCGUGCCCCACGGGAAUGACAUCGCCUCCCUCUUUGAGUUGGACCCCACCACGCUGCAGAAGACGGAUUCCUUCGUCCCUCGGAACUCCUACGUGAGGCUGCGCCACCUCUGUACGAACACUUGGAUCCAGAGCACUGACGUGCCCAUUGACAUCAAUGAAGAGAGACCCAUUCGUCUCAUGCUUGGCACUUGCCCCACCAAGGAGGACAAAGAAGCUUUUGCCAUUGUCUCUGUGCCAGUGUCAGAAAUCCGGGACCUGGAUUUUGCCAACGAUGCCAGCUACAUGCUGGCCAACGUGGUGGAGAAGAUGAACGAGGGCUUCAUCAGCCAGAACGACCGCAGGUUUGUGAUCCAGCUGCUGGAGGACCUGGUGUUUUUCGUCAGCGACGUUCCCAACAAUGGGCAGAAUGUGUUGGACAUCAUGGUGACCAAACCCAACCGAGAGAGGCAGAAACUCAUGCGGGAGCAGAACAUCCUGAAACAGAUCUUCGGGAUCCUGAAAGCUCCAUUCAAGGAAAAAGGAGGGGAAGGCCCCCUGGUGCGGCUGGAGGAGCUGUCGGAUCAGAAGAACGCUCCCUAUCAGUACAUGUUCCGCCUCUGCUACCGGGUGCUGCGGCACUCCCAGGAGGACUAUCGCAAGAACCAGGAACAUAUCGCCAAGCAGUUCGGCAUGAUGCAAUCCCAGAUCGGCUAUGACAUCCUGGCAGAGGACACCAUCACCGCCCUCCUGCACAACAACCGCAAGCUGCUGGAGAAGCACAUCACCAAGACCGAGGUGGAGACCUUCGUCAGCCUGGUGCGCAAGAACCGGGAACCCAGGUUUUUAGAUUACCUCUCGGACCUGUGUGUGUCCAACCACAUUGCCAUCCCCGUCACCCAGGAGCUUAUCUGCAAGUGUGUGCUGGACCCCAAGAACAGCGACAUCCUGAUUAAAACAGAGCUGAGGCCAGUGAAGGAGAUGUCCCAGACCCAUGAAUACCUGAGCAUCGAGUACUCUGAGGAGGAGGUCUGGCUGACCUGGAGUGACAAGAACAAUGACUGCCAUGAGAAAAGCAUCCGGCAGCUGGCGCAGGAGGCGCGGGCGGGCAACGCUCAUGAUGAGAACAUCCUGAGUUACUACAGGUACCAGCUGAAGCUGUUUGCCCGCAUGUGCCUGGACCGCCAGUACCUGGCGAUCAAAGAGAUCUCCAAGCAGCUGGGGGUGGAUCUCAUCUUCCUCUGCAUGGCGGAUGAGAUGCUGCCCUUUGACCUCCGGGCCUCCUUCUGCCACCUCAUGCUGCACGUGCAUGUGGACCGGGACCCCCAGGAGCUGGUGAUGCCCGUGAAGUUUGCACGGCUGUGGACGGAGAUCCCCACCGCCAUCACCAUCAAAGACUACGACUCCAACCUGAACGACUCCCGGGACGACAAGAAGAACAAGUUCGCCAGCACCAUGGAGUUCGUGGAGGAUUAUCUCAACAACGUGGUGAGCGAGGCGGUGCCCUUUGCCAACGAGGAGAAGAACACGCUCACCUUUGAGGUCGUCAGUCUCGCCCACAACCUCAUCUACUUUGGCUUCUACAGCUUCAGUGAGCUGCUGCGCCUGACGCGGACUCUGCUGGGUAUCAUAGACUGUGUCCAGAACCCUCAGCUGAUGAUGCAGACCAUGUACAAUGAGGAUAUGGCAGGGAAGAACGUACGGAAGUCCAUCCAGGGUGUUGGCCAGAUGAUGUCCACCAUGGUCCUGAGCCGGAAGCACUCCAUCUUCAGUGGCCCAAUCCUCAGCACCGUGGUGGCCUCUGAGCCCACGGACCGGGAGAGGACCAUAGAGAAUGAAAACAUCGUUGUGAUGGAGACCAAGCUGAAGAUCUUGGAGAUCUUGAAGUUCAUCCUGAACGUGCGGCUGGACUACAGGAUCUCCUACCUGCUCUCCGUCUUCAAGAAGGAGUUCAUAGAAGUCUACCCCAUGCAGGACAGCAGCGCCGACGGGACAGCUCCAGCCUUCGACUCCACAAACGCAGCGAUGAACCUGGAGAGAAUAGGCGAGCUGGCAGAGGCCAUGUUUGGGGUUGGGAAGUCGAGCAGCAUGUUAGAGGUGGAUGAUGAAGGAGGGAGGAUGUUUCUCCGUGUGCUGAUCCACCUGACGAUGCACAACUAUCCCCCGCUUGUCUCCGGCUCCCUCCAGCUCCUCUUCAAACACUUUAGCCAGAGGCAGGAGGUGCUGCACACCUUUAAACAGGUCCAGCUCCUGAUCUCGGCUCAGGAUGUUGAGAACUACAAGGUGAUAAAGUCUGAGCUCGACAAGCUGCGCAUGAUGGUGGAGAAAUCUGAACUCUGGGUGGACAAGAAGGGCAGCCCCAAGGGGGAGGAUGCAGGGGAAGGGGCCAAAAAGGAGAAGAAAGAGCACACUGCAGAUGAGGAGGUCAGUACCCCUGAAGAGAAGAGCAGCGAGAAUUACAAGAUAGUCAAAGGGAUCCUGGAGCGGCUCAAUAAAAUGUGCGGGGUGGGUGAGCAGGUGCGCAAGAAGCAGCAACGCCUGAUGAAGAACAUGGACGCCCACAAAGUGAUGCUGGAUCUGCUGCAGAUCCCCUACGAGAAGGGUGAUGCAAAGAUGCUGGAGAUUCUGAAAUACACCCACCAGUUCCUACAGAAAUUCUGCGCUGGGAACCAAGGAAACCAGGCCCUUCUGCACAAACAUCUCAACUUGUUCCUCACCCCUGGGCUCCUGGAGGCCGAGACGAUGCAGCACAUCUUCCUGAACAACUACCAGCUGUGCUCGGAGAUUAACGAGACGGUGCUGCAGCACUUCGUCCACUGCCUGGCCACGCACGGCCGCCACGUGCAGUACCUCGACUUCCUGCACAGCAUCAUUAAGGCGGAGGGCAAGUACGUCAAGAAGUGCCAGGACAUGAUCAUGACGGAGCUCACCAAUGCCGGGGACGACGUGGUGGUCUUCUACAAUGACAAGGCAUCGCUGGCCACCAUGCUGGAGAUGAUGACAGCGGCCCGGGAAGGGGUGGAGGAGAACAGCCCCCUCAUGUACCACAUCUCCUUGGUGGACCUGCUGGCUGCCUGCGCCGAGGGCAAGAACGUCUACACGGAGAUCAAGUGCACGUCCCUGCUGCCGCUGGAGGACAUUGUGCGGGUGGUGACGCACGAGGACUGCAUCACCGAGGUGAAGAUGGCCUACGUGAACUUCGUCAACCACUGCUACGUGGACACCGAGGUGGAAAUGAAGGAGAUCUACACCAGCAACCACAUCUGGACUCUCUUCGAGAACUUCACCCUUGACAUGGCCACGAUGUGUAAGAAGCGAGAGAAGCGUCUGACGGACCCCGCCCUGGAGAAGUACGUGCUCACCGUGGUGCUGGACACCAUCAACGCCUUCUUCAGCUCCCCCUUCUCGGAGAACAGCACUUCCCUGCAGACCCACCAGACCAUUGUCGUGCAGCUCCUCCAAUCCACCAUGAGGCUCCUGGAGUGCCCCUGGCUACAGCAGCAGCACAAGACCUCGGUGGAGGCCUGUAUCCGUACCCUGGCCAUGGUUGCCAAGAGCCGCUCCAUCGCGCUGCCCAUGGACCUCGAUGCCCACGUCAGCUCCCUGCUGAACAGCAGCUCCACCAGCGCCUUGCAGAGGAGCGCUUCCAGCUACAAGACAGCCACCCGGACCUUCCCCCGUGGCUUGGCCACGCCCAACCAGUGGGACUACAAAAACAUCAUUGAGAAGCUGCAGGACAUCAUCAACGCCCUGGAGGAACGGUUCAAACCCCUGGUGGAAGCCGAAGUGUCUGUCCUGGUGGACGUUCUGCACCGCCCAGAGCUGCUCUUCAUGGAGGGGACCGAUGCCUACCAGCGCUGCGAGAGCGGGGGCUUCCUGUCCAAGCUGGUCCAGCACACUAAGGACCUGAUGGAGAGCGAGGAGAAGCUGUGCAUCCGAGUCCUGAGGACGCUGCAGCAGAUGCUCAUGAAGAGGAACAAAUAUGGGGACAGGGGCAACACGCUGAGGAAAAUGCUCGUGAGUAACUACCUGCAGAACAAGAAGUCGAGCUCCAAAGGGGAGAUCGUCGACACGACUGGGGGUGGCCAAGACCAGGACUGGUCAGUCAUUGCUGCCAUCCAAUGCCGGCUGGACAGAGAAGGGGCCACCAAGCUGGUGUCAGACCUUAUCAUGAACACCAAAAACGAGAAGAUUUUCCAGGAGAGCAUCCUCUUAGCCAUCCGGCUGCUGGAUGGAGGCAACACAGAGAUACAGAAAUCGUUUUAUAACCUGAUGACGAGCAACAAGAAGUGUGAGAAGUUCUUUAAAGUGUUGCAUGAUCGCAUGAAGAAGGCGCAGCAGGAGACCAAGUCCAUCGUGUCGGUGAACAUGAGUGACAUUGGGAACAAGCCCCGGGAGGACAAAGACAUCCCUGACCCUGGCACCAAGGGACGAGGAACCUUCAUGCUGUCCCACGCCCCAUCUCGGCACCCCAUGGCCAUUGGGUUUCGAAAGGGCCACGACACUGGGGAGCGAAGCCAGAGCAAUGAGAUGGGAAUGUCGAUCUUGAUCAUGGAGCCUAUUCUUCGGUUCCUGCAAUUGCUCUGCGAAAACCACAACCGGGACCUCCAGAACUUCCUCCGGUGUCAGAACAAUAAGACCAACUACAACCUGGUGUGUGAGACGCUGCAGUUCCUGGACAUCAUGUGCGGCAGCACUACGGGGGGGCUGGGCCUGCUGGGCCUCUACAUCAAUGAAUGCAACGUGGCCCUUAUCACCCAGACCCUGGAGACCUUGACGGAGUAUUGCCAGGGACCAUGCCAUGAGAACCAGAGCUGCAUUGUGACGCACGAAUCUAACGGCAUUGACAUCAUCACGGCCCUGAUCCUGAAUGAGAUCAGCCCCCUCUGCAAGUACAGAAUGGACCUUGUCCUCCAGCUGAAGGACAAUGCCUCCAAACUCCUGCUGGCCCUGAUGGAGAGCAGACACGACAGUGAGAAUGCCGAGCGGAUCCUCAUCAGCCUCCGGCCUCAGGAACUGGUUGAUGUCAUUAAAAAAGCCUAUCUCCAGGAGGAAGAGUGCGAGAACUCUGAGGUUUCCCCCCGGGAAGUCGGGCACAACAUCUAUAUCUUGGCCUUACAGCUGUCUCGGCACAACAAGCAACUGCAGCAUCUCCUGAAGCCAGUGAAGCGAAUCCAGGAGGAGGAAGAGGAGGGCAUCUCCUCUAUGCUCAGUUUAAACAAUAAGCAGCUGACUCAGAUGCUGAAAUCAACGGCUCCCGUCCAGGAGGAAGAAGAGGACCCGCUGGCGUAUUACGAGAAGCACACCUCCCAGAUUGAGAUUGUGCGUCUGGACCGGAGCAUGGAGCAGAUCAUCUUCCCAGUGCCGAACAUCUGCGAAUUCGUCACCGGGGAGACCAAGUACCGGCUAUUCACCACCACGGAACAAGACGAGCAGGGCAGCAAAGUCAGCGACUUCUUUGACCAGUCGUCCUUCCUCCACAACGAGAUGGAAUGGCAGAAGAAACUGCGCAGCAUGCCACUGAUGUACUGGUUCUCCCGCAGAAUGACUCUCUGGGGAAGCAUUUCCUUCAACCUGGCUGUCUUCAUCAACAUCAUCAUUGCUUUCUUCUACCCCUACGUCGAAGCCACCUCUAUGGGAGUGUUGGAUUCCCCACUGAUCUCCCUGCUCUUCUGGUUUCUGAUCUGCUUCUCCGUCAUGGCCCUAUUUACCCGGCGCUACGGCGUCAGACCGCUCCUCGUGGCGUUGAUCCUGCGAUCGAUCUAUUACUUAGGGAUUGGGCUCACGCUGAACAUCCUGGGAGCUCUCAAUCUGACCAACAAGAUUGUGUUCGUGGUGAGCUUCGUGGGCAACCGUGGGACAUUUAUCCGGGGCUACAAAGCCAUGAUCAUGGAUAUGGAGUUUCUCUACCAUGUGGCCUACAUUGUGACCAGCAUUCUGGGGCUCUUUGUACACGAACUCUUCUACAGCAUCUUGCUCUUUGACUUGAUCUACCGUGAGGAGACCUUGUUCAACGUCAUCAAAAGCGUGACGCGGAAUGGGCGCUCCAUCCUGCUGACCGCCCUCCUGGCUCUCAUCCUCGUCUACCUCUUCUCCAUCGUGGGUUUCCUCUUCCUGAAAGACGACUUCAUCAUGGAGGUGGAUCGGCUGCCUGACAACAAGUCCAAAGACGGCCCCUUGGGGAUGCAAAGGAACAUGGAGGCUUUUAUGGAGUCGUGCAGUGAUGACAAAAUUAGCUGCUCUGCAGUGCCUGAUGUGCUGAGAGAUGAUGAUGAUGAUAACUCAGAGCGUGCCUGCGACACGCUGCUCAUGUGCAUUGUCACUGUCCUGAAUCACGGCCUGAGGAACGGAGGGGGAGUGGGUGACAUUCUCAGGAAGCCAUCCAAGGAUGAGUCCUUGUUCCCCGCUCGGGUUAUCUACGACCUCCUCUUCUUCUUCAUUGUCAUCAUCAUUGUCCUCAACCUUAUCUUUGGUGUCAUCAUAGACACCUUUGCUGAUCUGAGGAGUGAGAAGCAAAAGAAGGAAGAAAUUCUUAAGACCACGUGUUUCAUAUGUGGUCUCGAAAGGGACAAGUUUGAUAAUAAGACUGUGUCCUUCGAAGAGCACAUUAAAUAUGAGCACAACAUGUGGAACUACUUGUACUUCAUCGUGCUGGUACGAGUGAAGAAUAAGACUGACUACACAGGGCCCGAGAGUUACGUGGCACAAAUGAUUAAGAACAAGAACCUGGACUGGUUCCCUCGGAUGCGAGCCAUGUCGUUGGUCAGCAACGAAGGGGAAGGGGAACAGAACGAGAUCCGGAGUCUUCAAGACAAGCUCAACUCCACUAUGAAGCUGGUGUCUCACCUCACUUCACAGCUGAAUGAGCUGAAAGAGCAGAUGACAGAGCAAAGGAAGCGCAGACAGCGGAUCGGUUUUGUGGAUGCCCAGAACACCUUGAAUCACUGA